CUAAAAGACGACUAAUCUAUAGGUGGCUGCUUCUUGAUGAAGGCUGUGGGCUAUACAAAACCACAAGAGAGAUGCUCCACAUUAACAGCUAACCUCAAACUCUUCUGAUCCAAUCCAACCACUUCCUUAAUUACGGAUGGAAGAGAGUCUUCCUCCUGGAUUUAGGUUCCAUCCAACCGAUGAAGAACUUAUCACUUUUUAUCUCAGUCAAAAGGUUACUGAUUCAAGUUUCACUUCCAAAGCAGUUGCUGAGGUUGAUCUCAAUAAAUGCGAACCUUGGGACCUCCCAGCCAAAGCUUCAAUGGGAGAAAAGGAAUGGUAUUUCUUCAGCAUGCGAGAUCGAAAAUACCCAACAGGACUACGAACAAACCGUGCAACUGUAGCCGGUUAUUGGAAGACAACCGGAAAAGACAAAGAAAUCUUUCGUGGUGGAAUCUUGGUUGGAAUGAAGAAAACCCUAGUUUUUUACAUGGGUAGAGCUCCUAAAGGUGAAAAAACUAACUGGGUAAUGCAUGAGUAUAGACUUGAAACUACACAUGCUUAUAAACCUAUUAAGGAGGAAUGGGUGGUUUGCCGAAUUUUUCAAAAAAGCACGACAGCUAAAAAACCAAUGGGCACCACAUCUUCGCCUCAGUCAAUAGAUUCACCUUGUGAUACCAACACGAUGGCAAAUGACUAUGGUGAUAUCGAGCUUCCGAACUUAAAUGGCAUUGCAAAUUUAAGUGGUAACAUUUCACUUCAUAAUUACGGCAUGGAAACCAACCUCAACACGAACAUGAACCUGGAUAUUAGUUUGGCACACACUCUUCCAUUGCUUGCAUGGCCAUCUAGCAUACUAAGUUCAAACCUUUCAAUGAAUGCGCUACUAAUUAAAGCAUUGCAACUUAGAAAUUACCAACAAAGAGAAGCUACAAAUAAUUUUGAUUAUCAAUUCAUGCCACAAGCGAACUCCAACUUUUUAGAUGGGGCAAGUCCGAGCUUACAAGCGUCUUCCACUAGAAAUUGUGAAUCUUUGCAGCAGCAGGAACAACAGGAGCAACCAUUUAACUUGGACUCCAUGUGCUCUUUUCGAGACAAUAAACACUCUCAUGCCAUUGAGCUUGACAAUGAGUUACGUUCCCUGGUCCAAGUUGAUCACUCCAUCACCGAGUAUUGUCAGAAGAUGAAAGCAACUGUUGAUUUAUUAGCAAACAUUGAAGCCCCUGUUCCUCAGAAAACCUUGCAUUCCCGCAAGCCACCAUCUAAUGGUUUCCUCGGGAAACAACCAGCCUCUCAAGCAAGUUACAAUGCUGCCGCAGCAGCUUUCCACACAGUAGAUGAUCCCUCAUCCAUUCCACCACCGUGUCAGUGUUUUCCACUUAUUCCUCAAGAUCAGCUCACUGAGCUCCCCGUAACCUUCAAUGUUAGGGUGAAAAGUCACGCUUUGAUGUAG